AUGGCUGCCAAAACCGUUUUAGUGAUUGGAGGGACUGGUGCACAAGGUGUGCCCAUUGUACAAGAACUCGAUCGACAUGGCUACCACGUGUCCGUGCUCACUCGUGAUGCAGGCUCUGAACAUUCACAGAGGCUCCGAAGCGUCGUACCAAAUGUCCAAUAUGUGACCGGUACACCUACUGACGAGAAUGCACUACGUUCUGCUUUUGCAGGGGUAGACUAUGCCUUUGUCAACCUUAAUAGUUUCGCCCUCGGUAUUAAGAACGAGAUAUACUGGGGCAUAAGGAUAUUUGAGAUUGCAGUGCAAAGCGGUGUAAAGCACUAUAUCUGGUCAGCGCUCGAUAAUUAUGCGCUGGAAACGAAAUAUGAUGACGCUAUGCGCUGUGGCCACUACUAUGGUAAAGGACAUGUCACGCAAUGGAUGUUAGCACUGCCACAGAGCCCUAUGAAAUGGUCCGUUGUCUGUACCGGGCCUUAUAUUGAGCAGCUUUGGUACUUCCAGCACCCUAAAAAAUCGGAUUCUGGCGUGUACGACUUCCGCCUGCCCAUUACUGAUGGAGCUAUUCCAUACGUAAGCCUGGAUGAUAUGGGUUACUAUGUACGAUGGGUAUUUGAGCAUCCAGACAAGUCUGCGGGACUCAAUCUAGAGGUUGGGGUCGAGGACGUCUCACUCGAACAAAUAGCUAAAGUCUUCACUGAUGUCACUGGGAAGCCUGCGAAAGCAACCAAUCUCACUAUUGACGAGUGGACGCAAGAGACUGGGUUGUCGGAAGAGGAUAUGCAACACAAAUUAGGGACUUCGACGGCACCAGGCGACUCGUCCCUGCUAACCUUUCGUCAAAACUUCUCCGCAUGGUGGAGGAUAUACCAGAAUUGUGGGAACAACACGAAGCUUGGACUCUGUAAGAGGGACUACAACUUCUUAGAUGAGAUAUAUCCAGGAAGGAUCAGAAGUUUGAAGCAGUGGAUGGAGAAAGUGGGCUAUGAUGGGGAUGCUACGCGUACUUUUGAAGCAGGUAUACCGUGGGGCCUGUAA